UUGGUGGACAAGACAGUCUUGGAUGAAAUCUUUUGGUGGCAACAAGUCUUGAUUUAUUUUUACUACUUCUUCUUCUCUGCUUCAUUGAAACGAGACGAGACGCGACUGAAAGUGAAACUACUUUGUUGGUAAUAAUUUACAACUUGGGUUGGUUUGGUUUCUCGUGUCGUGGAAAAUUGGACCUCAAAAUCCAUUCAGAUUACUUAUAUUGUGUGGGUUUGGUUUCCUGUGGUCAAAUAAUUGAGGUUGGAUAGAGUUAAAAUCCUGAAAUUCUCAUGGGCUUGGGGAGCUAAAGUGGUUCGUGUUACGGAUUUGAAAGUGAGACUGUCUCUGCUGGAGAGUGUUUAUGUGUCUGGCUGGACAUUCUGGAAAGUUGGUGGGAUCAUUAUCAGGAUAAAACUGCAGUGAUGCACAGGACACGGAUUAGACUACAACUACAAAAUUGUAGAAUUAUAAAAUUGGGAAUUUGAGACGAGUGUCCAGAUCGUAUUGGGAUUAAUCACCUGCGUAGACAUAAGUUGUGAAAAUGUCGGAAACAGUGCAAUCCGAGGUGGUCAAAUCUGUAUCGGAAGCAGGAGAGUUUGAGUGUCAGAAUCCUCAGAAAUAUAGUUCUGGAGGAGAUGGAAGAGGAACAAAUUAUGAAAACUCGGCAAAGAAACAUCAAAAUGAGAAUGGAAUCUCGAACAACAAUGGGAACAAUAGUCCCAGAGAGACGAACGGAAGUAGGACUGGAAGCCAAUUUUUGCCGUCACUCCUAAAUGCAACGCUCCCUUCGAAGAUUGCAAUUAUUGUGGGACUUUGUCAAGUUGCCGUUGGUGGUGCCAUGGUCUUAACGGGCAUCUUAGCCAUCAGAUAUCAAAGUUAUCUGUUCCACUAUGGAACUGGUCUUUGGGCUGGACUUGUCUCCGCAAUAUCUGGAAUGCUUGGUGCCAUGUGUACAAAAAGAGGAGUCCCCAAACCUACUUGGCUUGGAGGUCGAAAAUGGCAAAUACACGUUUUCCUCCUCGCCAUCGUCUUUUCUCUCUCGUCCGUAAUUCUUCUCGCGAUAUUUUCCAUAUCUGGUCUUCUCCAGGAUGCAAAAACAAUAAUGGCUGUCGAAAAGGAUUAUCAAAAUGACGUGGAUGACUUUGUCGAGUACAGAAACUCUUCAGGAAUCCUAAUCAACACGAUCCUCCUUCUCCUCUCCGUUCUCCAAAUUCUCCUCUGCUUCUCCUCCCUCGGAAUCGCAGUCAGAGUCAUGUUUAAAACGAAGGGAAAUCUCUUAUCAUCAAAAGGAUCGUCGGGAAGUGAAAUUGCGAUCCGUGACGGGUUAGAAUACCACGCGAGGAAGGAUCACCUCAUCCACUGGUUGGGAAAUCAGCGACCAAACAUUAUCCCGCUCGGUUUAGGUGGGGGAAAUUCGCCCCAAAAACCAAACCACAAGUACCCCCAACCCUCCUUUGUCGCAAUUCAACCCAUCCUUUACCCCGCUCCAAGGCCACAAUUAAUCCCGUAUCCAAUGAUGCAUCCAAGAGCCAUGAUUCCAAUGAUGCAACCACACCACCCAUACGCACCAUCGGUCAUCUCUUCAUCCCAGUUUUCCUUCGGACCUCAUCCCCAUCAAGGACCCACCCAUCUCGUCCCACUUUACAGGACGACCCCGACCCCUUCUGGAGUUAUGAUGGCGCCGAGAAGUCGCAGGGCUGGGAGUGCGACACCCGUUUCGUCAAUCGCGUCCCUCUCUGUGGCACAAGAUCACCACAAUCGACGCCAAAGACGACGAGCUCAAGGGAAUCGGGGUCUCCUUCCCCCUGGAGCGAUGGGGUCGAGCAUAAAGAGUUUCCAUACGCAAUCAAUCCUCUCGUCGAAAGCCCCAUCCGUCAUUUCCGUGGCGAAGACGGAGAGCGAGAAAAAUAAUGAGAUCACCGAGGUCACGGAGGUGGACGUGAGUCGGACUUACACCGGGUUGGACAGGUCCAUCGCGGACGAGUACAUUUGUGCCAUGAAUGCUAGAAAGAUAUCGUCAAGUGGGUCUGUUCCCGUCUCGUCGGCCGUUUCUGGUGGCGAUAUCGACAUGGAACAAGACGUCGGCUCUGAUUCAGAAGCUGAAAUCACGAGAAUGUAGAAAAUGUGAGAAAAUUUAAGAAAAAAAUCAGGAUGACAUAUGAAUGAGGCUAAUUUUUAAUUUAUGAAAACUGGAUUUGGUUAUGUAAGUAUGAUGGAAGAUUGAGCAAAGUGUGUAUAAAUACUGUUAAAGUAUUCAUUUCGCAAGCUGGUACGGGUGUCGAAUUAAUUUAUGAAAGUCGUGGUAAUGUGCAAUUCUGUGUAAAAGAAGUACGAUUAAUAACAUUUACGUAACUAUUUUUAGAUAAUAUUUUGUAAAUGAUUAGUGUGCAAUAUUUUGUACUUUUAAUGCUAGUUUAAACACUUAUUUUUGUAUGUACAAUGCGACAAUGCAACGAAAAUAAAGCGUCAUCGAGCUUCUGUUUUUUUGUAAA